CGACGAACAAUCCCUCCCCCAGCCCCAGCAGGGACCUACAUAGCCACCAACCAAAGCCGGCCCGCGUGGAUACGUCAUGCGCUCGGUCAAGUAACUAGUGCUAAGAGCUCGAGCUGUCAGUCAGCUGGGAGUCUGGGAGGGAGCUCCCUUCGCCCCGCUUUGCAUACCAUACAUAAAUACCUCCAUCCAUCCGACCAUUACCAUCCUCUCCCGCAUCCAUCCAUCAUCAUCUGCUUUACUCCACUACCAUCACUCAAACGAUCCCUUAAACGAGCCCCCAUCACCACAACUACAGCAGCAAUGGCCCCCCAGUCUUACAUCGUUACCGCUAAGGACGCGGAGAAGAAGAACAAGCUCAUCGAGGAGGCCAAAGCCGCUGGCGGAAAGAUCACCCACAACUACACUUUGAUCCCCGCGUUUGCCGUCGAGUUCCCCGAGGGCCACGUCCAGACUUUCGACAACAACCCAGACGUGCAGACCGUCGAGAGGGACAACGAGGUUAGGACUCAGUAGGCGGGAUGCUAGGUGCUAGAUAGGUGCUAGUGGAGGAGUUUGGCCUGGAGGAGUGAGGAGUCCGGCGGCUCGCUUUCGUUGCUUUACACUCUGCUUUACACUGUGCUUUUACUUGCGGCUUGCGGUUGGGAACUUGGGAAUAACACGGGAUUGGGAGUUUGGUAAUCGGACUGGACUGUGAUUUGAUUUGAUGCGAUUUGAUGUGAUGUGAAGUGGAACUCCUUCGAUGUUGAUGCCUCCGGAGGUACCCACCGUUGGCCCCGCUACAUCACGACCCUGUCCCUGUCCCGUCCCCGCUCCUUAUCGGCGCGGUUAGCGACGGAACACACUUCAAGGGUCCCUCAGAAGGUAUUCUACCC